GGAGACAACCCAACCUUUAGUAGGCCUGCUGGCGGUGGUGGUAUCUAGUAGAACUUCUUCUGGUACUCCUCAAGAUGAAGGUGUAUCUCGUAGCAUUCGCCAUCGUGUGUUACGUGUCGUCUGCGGAGGGAACCUUCCUCUUCCUUCUGAAGAAGAAAUUUUUGUCGAAUGAAGAUGACCAAUUCCAAGGAGCCAAGUACUUAUUGCCAGUUCCUGCCCCACAGUCUAAUUACGACUCGCCCCCCGAAACGUAUGGUCCACCUCCUGCAACGUAUGGUCCACCACCUGCAACCUAUGGUCCACCUCCUGAGACCUAUGGUCCGCCUCCUGCAACAUAUGGUCCACCUCCUGCAACGUAUGGUCCACCUCCCGAAACCUAUGGUCCGCCUCCAGAAAGCUACAGUCCAUCUCAAGUGAUACUCAAACCACAAUUUUUCGUCAAGGACAAGCCCAUCGAAAUCCCCGUGCCCAGGCUGACCCCGGUGGUGAAAUACUUCCCCGUGCCCUUCCUGAAGCCCGAGAUUGUCAAGACGACCAUCCACCUGCCCGCACCUGAUCUGGGAGCGAUCAAGUCAGACCUGGAAGCCCUCAAGUCCCUAGGCGCCACCAAGCUGAAGAAGGAACUCCCUUUCCAAGCUUCCUUCGAGGGUCACCAAGAUUUCAAAGCCUUCAAGACUGCCCAGUUUUUCCCUGAGCAAGUUCCUACAGUCACCCAGUCACAGGUGCAAGUUUCCCACGAUUCUCCUGGCAUUGUGUUGGGGCAGUCCUACGGCCCCCCACCCCCCCAACAAACAAGCCAGUCGUACCUCCCGCCUUCCCAGACGUCGAGCUCCUACGCGACGUUGAAAUAACGACGGAAACAGCCAUGAAAAGGGAAAGACAAACCGAGAUGUGCGGGGAAAAUCUGUUUGGCAGAACGAUUGUUCUUCUUCGAAUGGACAGACAUCCCUGGAUGAGAGAAAACGGAGUUCAGAGACGAUUGUUUUAAGGGGGACUUAUGCAAAGGGCAUCUACUCUUUCC